AUGUCUUUCCAUUCCCAAAUGCAAAAAGAGAAACCGGACAGUGGUACCAGUAAAUUCACAAGAACAACAAGAAGCGACACAAAUCACUCCUUUACGUUCACCGAAGACGGAGAAAAAAACAGAACAAUUACAGAAAUUACUCCUUCUCUCAUAGUGAGACCUCGCGCUACUGGUGGUGGCAACUACCACUCUCCGUCGCACGUCUACGAUCCGACAAUUUACAUUUCACCUAAUGAUUUGUCGACAUUGAGUGUUCUGAGCACGACUACUAACGCCACUGAGGCGGCAUCAGUUAUUGCUAAUGUUUCUAUUGUUCAACGGAUCGAACGGUCCACACAAGUCACUAAGGUUAUCAUGGAUAAUCAGACAGGAAAUGUCGAUUAUUCGAAAUUAAGAAGGAUGAUUGAGCGGUCUUCAGACGCGGAAACUGAGUCGGCAGUAUUACCAGAAAAACUUUCAAAAUCGAUUCCGACAAAAAAUAAUUCAGAACCAGAGCCCUCGACAAAUUUGCAAACACAAACGCGAGAAAAUACUGAGCUUAAAAUUACAUCUGUCGUCAAACCUCAAAGUAAUAUUCGUGAUAAUAAUGACUUGCAGAAGGAAUCGACAAUAACAACUAUGCUAAAAUCUGCGGAAAAUAAUAAUGCAGUCCCAAUUUCCUCGAUCGAUUUCCAAGAAACAAUAGAAGACAUAGAGAACAAAAAUGCCAGCCAAUCUCAAAUCUAUGAAGAACUCAGCAAUAAUUUGAAGGAACUAAACACGCCGAUUCUGAUCAACCCUGAUGAACAGGAUUCAGCAUCUAUUUCUUCAAAUAGAUCACAAUCAAAAGUGCAAGACACAGAAUACAAAAAUAAUAUCGAACCUCAAAUUAAUGUUAAUGAGGAACCUAUCCAUGAUUUCAAGGUAUAA